AUCGCCAAUCAAAGGCAUCAUCAUCUUCCACUAUGGAAUAUUCUACUACUUCAGGCACAUUCUAACCAGCUACAUCUGUCGCCAGAGACAUUCCAUCUCUGUGUUUGGUGUAUCUUCAUUAAUCCUGAUUGCCAGAGGAUAAUUGCGAAGGGUCGCUAGACAUCAACAGGGUUCGUUUUGAGAGGAAGUGCCAUGGUACAGUGUUCCUGGGCUUCAGAUGGGAGUAGCAAAGAAUCAACUCCCAGGACUGCCGUACAGAUUAUUUAUCAUCCCUACACUGUCUUUAAUAUUAGGCCAAGAAGAUCCGGAACACUUUUCACUCUGCCCAGUUAGAGCUCUCAAGAUCUACCUUCAAACAUCAAAAGAUCUGAUACGAUCACAUAAAAGCCCUACAACUGAAGAAGGCAAGCCAGUCAAAGAUACUCCUGAUUUACUGACAGAGAGCAAUUCCAAUGCCAACUCAAGUUUAGGAAUGAGUGACAAAAGCCCUGAUCCUGGUGGUUCAGAUGAAACAACUAGAGGAACCAUCACGGAGUCAGGAAAUGUAUUAACGCAAGAAACAGAUCAAAGUGCUGAAAACAGUGUUGAAUUCAAAGUGAUAUUUAACAAGCAGAAAUAUGAUGUGAAUUUUCCGCUUGAUAGUACAGCAUCCCAGCUCAAAGCUCAUGUACAGUCUCUAACAGGUGUUCCAGCAGCCAUGCAGAAGUUGAUGUAUAAAGGUUUAAUAAAGGAUGACAUGACAUUAAAAGACUUGAAAAUUACAAAAGGAGCAAAAGUGAUGGUAGUUGGUUCUACGUUAAAUGAUGUUUUGUCUGUAAGUGCCCCAAGUAAAAAAGAGAUACAAGAAGAAGCUGCUGCAUCUACUGAAUCUAAACAACCUCUGUGUCAGCAAAAGUUGCACAAAAAGGUUUUAGAAAAGCAUGGUAAACCUGAUGAUGCAAUGCCUGGCAUUAAGAAUGUACGAGAGCCUUUACCAUCAUUCCCUCUGUCUGGUAUGUACAACAAGGCUGGAGGAAAGGUCCGUCUCACUUUUAAACUUGAACAAGAUCAGUUAUGGAUAGGAACCAAAGAUAGAACAGACAAAAUACCUAUGAAUUCCAUCAAAACUAUAGUUAGUGAAGCUUUAGAUGGUCAUGAAGAAUAUCACAUGAUGGGAAUCCAGUUAGGACCUACAGAAGCAUCCCGGUAUUGGGUGUAUUGGGUUCCAGCACAGUUUGUGGAAGCCAUCAAAGAUGCAGUGCUAGGGAAGUGGCAGUACUUCUAGCAUAGAGGAUAAGGUCUCACCACAAACUUGCACCAGAUGUGCUUGCUCACCAUGCAUAGCAUGGUCUGUGUUACAGUAUCACUAUUCACUAUUUCUGGCAGUCCAAGUUAUGUUUGAAUUUCUGAUGAAAGAUAUGUUGCUGCUAAUAAAAGCCUAUGUAUAUAA